ACACGCAUAGCUUUUGUCUGCCCACCCAAAAUGGAUUUCACAGCAGAGUUUGAAAAGUUCUGGGCGUAUCUUAACGAAUCGGAUAAUUUUUUGCACAUACCUUUGCUCUAUGUUGUAAUACCCUUGGCUUGUCUCACUCUACUCUUAUUAAACUGCUGCUGUUUCUGCUGCCUGACCCAAUGCUGCGAGGAGACUGAAGUGCGUUUCGUACCCAGAUCUGUCCCCACUUUACCAGCACGUCGCAACACGGCGGAUAUCAUUCGGCCCGGAGUGGACAAUAGGCAAACGGCAUCCGGCUCCAGGGCUGGGGCCAACGAAACAGACGCCUCUGGUGAGGAGCAGUCCGCAACGUGCGUCGAGCUGGAUGAAAACGUUGUGGACCAAGUAAAUGCCAUGUACAAGAAGCGUAACUAUCGGGUGCCCAAGUAAAUAAAUGUUUUUGUCAAGAUAUACGAGUUCCUUAAAUGCAGCUUAAAGUGUGAAGUGUGAACGUGCCUUGGGUUGCCUUUCGAGCGCAUCGCACGGCGCUUUUUGAUGGCCAUCAGGUGCAGGACGAAAUGCGCUAAUAAACGGCAUUCGACAUUUUAACUUAGCUGACAUUUUAGUAGACGCGCGAGAGCCAAAGUACCAAAAAGCUUGUGCA